AUGCCUACUCCAAAGAGCAUCAACAAUUCUAGUGAAGAAGAUUCUGAACUCAGAAGAGGUCCUUGGACUCUCGAAGAGGAUAAUUUGCUUACCCAAUAUAUUGCUAAUCAUGGGGAAGGGCGAUGGAAUUUUCUGGCUAAACGUUCAGGAUUGAAGAGAACAGGAAAAAGUUGCAGAUUAAGGUGGCUAAAUUAUUUGAAUCCUGAUGUAAAGCGAGGAAAUUUAACCCUAGAAGAGCAGCUUCUAAUUCUUGAACUCCACUUAAAGUGGGGAAACAGGUGGUCAAAAAUUGCACAACUUUUGCCAGGCCGGACAGACAAUGAAAUCAAGAACUAUUGGAGAACUCGGAUUCAGAAACAAGCAAGACAUUUGAAAAUUGACACAGAUAGCACAGAAUUUCAAGAACUAGUUAGGCGUUUCUGGAUGCCAAGGUUGCUUCAGAAAGCAAAAGAAUCAUCUUCUUCAGCCAUGUCAAUCCAAGGCCAGGCAAUUCCAUUGCCUCUUGAUAGUGUUUCUCAUUAUUCAACUGUGGGGACAAUACCAACACAAAUCCCUUGGCAGGGACCUUGUAUGAAUGAAGCAGUUCCCAAUUAUUUGGAUCAACAUGAGCAUAACUCAGACUCUGAGCACACCAAUGGUUCAUGCAUCUCCUUUUCUGAGUCAGCAAAUAUCCCAAAAGUUCCUCAGCAUAUGGGAUACACCACCACUCAAUUUCAUGCAUUAGAUAACAAUGACUUUGGCACCUUCACAUAUGAUGGCUACCAUGUAAAUAACAGUGGUUAUGAGAUGGACACCUUUGAAAUGGAAUCUGCAAGGGUAGCUGAGGAUGUGCAAUACCCAGUUGGUGAUUGCCAAAUGGCAGAAAGCAAUUUGGUAAACAAUGAUUUUGCAUGUAGCAUGUGGAGCAUGGAUGAAUUGUGGAAAUUUAGUAACUUACAAAAAUAAGAUUUUAGGGUUUGUUUUUGGAAUAACCCAAACACUAUCUUUGUAUGAUAUUUGUUU